AUGUUUCUGGAUGCACAUCUAAAUAAAACGUGGCAAUCUUUCAUUGGUUACGUGUUUAAACAAAACAAGAAAAAAAGUCCCUGUCUCUCUUUCCCGGAAAAAAAAUUAUGUUCUCUCUCUUGCGAUGAGUUACGUGUGUCUCGACCGCCGGUGAGUUACGUGUAUCUCGUUUCCGACAAGAGAGACGGGCUUCGUGUUUCCCCGACGCGGAAGGUCUUUUGCAGCGGCAGUUCUAGUGCGACAAAGAAGAAGCCUCGAAGGAAAAUGAUUGCUCAGGGUAUAAACGCAAGAGAUGUGAAAAAGCUACAAGAUGCUGGGAUCCAUACCUAUAAUGGUCUCAUGAUGCAUACCAAAAAGAACCUCACUGGAAUCAAAGGAUUAUCAGAGGCUAAAGUUGACAAAAUCUGUGAAGCAGCCGAGAAGAUAGUGAAUUUUGGAUAUAUGACUGGAAGUGAUGCUCUUCUCAAGAGAAAAUCAGUUGUUCGUAUCACUACAGGAUGCCAAGCCCUUGAUGAUCUCUUGGGAGGUGGAAUUGGGACUGCAGCCAUCACAGAGGCGUUUGGGGAGUUCAGGUCUGGGAAAACUAAAUUAGCACAUACCCUUUGUGUCACCACGCAGGUUGGUUACUUUCCUAGUGUCUCAAUAUUGGUUAAUUCUUGGAUCUUACCUCUCAUGACUGAAAUUUACAUUCACAGUUCUUUGAUGUUAAAGAUCAUUUACCCCUGUGCUUACACCUAUGAGCAUCAGUUCAACUUGCUUCUUGGCCUUGCUGCAAAAAUGUCCGAGGAACCAUUGAAGAUUCUGAUUGUUGACUCGAUCAUUGCUUUAUUCCGAGUUGAUUUCACUAGAAGAGGAGAGCUUGCAGACCGCCAGCAAAAACUAGCUCAGAUGCUCUCAAGGAUAAUCAAAAUCGCAGAGGAGUUCAAUUUUUGA